AUGAAACUUAUAAUCUAUUUUAUUUUCUUAACUCGUUAGCAAUGUGUUAUUGUUGCAAGGACAAAUGUGUCAAACUUACAUUAGGAGUAUCAGCAGGUCUAUUAGUGGUACCAGUCAUCUUACUUUUCAUCUACGGAGCUCUUCUUAAGAAUCUUUUCAGCUUCUUAAAGUAUGUAAAUUGAAUUAACAAGUAUUAGGGAUGAUAAUAAAGCUGUUGGAGAUGGUGCCUUUGGUUUUGUAAUUGCAUUAGCUAUUUUUGCAUUCAUUGUUGGAGCUCUUGGAGUUAUCUCAUGUCUAUGCUACAAGAAAAAAUGCUGCCUAUGUCUAUAUUCUGGAUGUGCCACUGUAGGAGUUCUAAUUUUCCUAGCUCUUGGUAUCGUCUUUAUCAUUCUUGGAGCUGCCUCAUAAAAACUUGUUGAUGAUUUCUGCGAUGGAAAGAAGGAUGAUUACAAAGGUUUAAAUAGCAUUUAUGAUUCUAUUGUUGAGAUAGACAAUAAGAUGACAACCUACACUGCUAAAUAUUACUGCACUAGCGAUUGUCCAUGCCCACUAGGAACCUACUUCACAGAUAAAUACAAUGAGACUCUCAUGAAUCAAUAUAAUAGAACCUUUACCAGUAAACCAAUAUAUUAGCCUCUUCUCUAAAGUAGUGCUGCCAAUGUUAAAUACACAUUCUGGGACUGCUACACUUCAAUUAAGGACUUGAGCAAAUAUAGUAAUGUUGAAAAGAUUUCAGAUGGUCUUGAGUCUCUAUUCAGAACUCUUGAAUCAGAUUUCUCUUGCAAUGGUAUUUGCAAGGCUGGUCCAUUCAUGUAUUUCAGAAACAUCACAUCAGGUCCCCCAGGCAAGAACUGUCUCACUGGAAUCAAGGAUACUUUUAAAGAAAAGCCACUUGCUAUCGGAAUCAUUCUUCUUGUAUCAUUUGCACUCACUUUCGUUGCUCUUUUCGCUACUUAUGGUCUUUGCUGCAGAAGAAAUAAAGAUGAGGAUAAUUUUAAGCAUGGAAAACACUCUCACCACUGA